CCUCCCCUGCUCUGCUCCCUCUUCCACGAUAUAAUCUCUCCUUCCCCUCCCGCUGUCAAGAAAAUCAAGAAUCCCCGCCGAAGCCACGCCGGCUCUCCAGCUCCAGGAAAUGGCAGCCGAGAUGGCUCUCCUCAAACCCAUCUCGAAAUUCGCCAGCACCCCGGGACUGGCCGGCCCCGGAGCACCCUCGCGCCCCCGGUUCGCCGCCGUCAGGAUGUCGGCCACCGCCCAGCCCGCCGCCCCCAAGAAGCCCGCCAAGAAGGCCAACAAGCAGGCCAUCAAGGAGACCCUCCUGGCCCCGCGGUUCUACACCACGGAUUUCGACGAGAUGGAGCAGCUGUUCAACACCGAGAUCAACAAGAACCUGAACCAGGACGAGUUCGUGGCCCUGCUGCAGGAGUUCAAGACCGAUUACAACCAGACCCACUUCGUGAGGAACAAGGAGUUCAAGGAGGCCGCGGAUAAGAUGCAGGGCCCGCUCAGGCAGAUCUUCGUGGAGUUCUUGGAGAGGUCCUGCACUGCCGAGUUCUCUGGGUUCCUUCUCUACAAGGAGCUGGGGAGGAGGCUCAAGAAAACAAACCCGGUGGUAGCCGAGAUAUUCUCUCUGAUGUCCAGGGAUGAGGCCAGACAUGCUGGAUUCCUGAACAAAGGGUUGUCCGAUUUCAACUUGGCAUUGGACUUGGGUUUCCUGACGAAGGCCAGGAAAUACACGUUCUUCAAGCCCAAGUUCAUUUUCUACGCGACCUACUUGUCCGAGAAGAUUGGGUACUGGCGAUACAUCACGAUCUACAGACAUCUCAAGGAGAAUCCCGAGUACCAACCAUAUCCUAUCUUCAAGUACUUCGAGAAUUGGUGCCAGGACGAGAACCGGCAUGGUGAUUUCUUCUCUGCUUUAAUGAAAGCCCAACCCCAGUUUCUCAAUGACUGGAAGGCAAAACUGUGGUCCCGGUUCUUCUGCCUUUCGGUGUAUGUGACAAUGUACCUUAACGAUUGCCAGCGGACUGCUUUCUAUGAAGGCAUUGGUCUCAACACUAAGGAAUUUGACAUGCAUGUCAUCAUUGAGACAAACCGCACCACAGCCAGGAUUUUUCCUGCCGUGCUGGAUGUAGAGAACCCUGAAUUCAAAAGGAAGUUGGACAGGAUGGUGGAAAUAAACACGAAGCUCCUUGCGGUUGGGGAAACUGAGGACAUUCCGUUGGUGAAGAACUUGAAGAGGAUUCCACUCAUCGCUGCAUUGGCCUCCGAGCUCUUGGCUGCAUAUUUGAUGCCACCGAUCGAGUCUGGUUCAGUCGAUUUUGCAGAAUUUGAGCCUCGACUUGUGUAUUAAGUCUUGUCCACGACUUUCAUGUGAAGUUGUUAAUCUAUAGUACUUCAGACAGUGUCAUUACAAAAACUGUCACAUCGAGGAACACUUGUAAAAGGAAGAUUUGUUUGUAUUUUCAGGAUUAGAGCUUCUCUUCGAAGAUAAAGCACGUCUUCUCUUUAAUA